CAAAAAUACCGAAUGCCUAUUGGCGCGUACAAGUCGUCAGCUGCUCGCGUGCCUCUCUCUUUUAAAGCAUGUUGACAGUGUGCGCGUUCACUGAGCCUUGCUCUCCUGCUGUGAGCGAACACAGUCAGGCGUGGAGGUGCGAAAAAGAUCUAUUCAACAGACGUGUAUUUAAGCCGUAUAUUUAAUCACUGAAACAAAAGCAGAGCUCAUUACUCUGGAAAAACACUUUCGUCGAGAUUCAUCAGCCAUUCAUCGUCCAGCCGUCGUCUGCAUAAACUACUUUAGGCACUCAGGGGUAGGACUACCACUCAAAUUCUCUGGCAAAACUUUAAAAGUUUUAAGUUGCUGAACGAACCAGUUAACUGACAUGGCCGUGUCGAGCAGUCCGAACACAAAAACCCUGGAGGAUCUGACGCUGGACUCUGGGUAUGGCGCCGGGGAUUCCUAUCGUUCCCUUCCCUCAUCCAGAUGCAACUCCCAGGCGCACACCAGUGCUCCUCAUCGCUCGGGAUGGUGGUGCCAUGGGGGUUCAAUGAACAGCCGCAACAACAGUUGGGACACUGUUAACGCAGCACUCCCCGAAGAGCCAGAGGACGUGCUGAACAAAUGCCCCCGGCUACCGGAGCUGGAAGAUUUUCCCUGGACUUACGAUGAUGUGGCUAAAGUCCUGCAGAAAGUGUCUGGGGAGGAUGCGAUGUUUUCGACUGAGGCCGUUCGGAGAAUAUCAGUGCUUCUGCGAAGGACACUUCUGCGGAUCUCCAGAGAAGCACAACGUCUCAGUGUAAUGCAUUGCCGUUGCACUCGCUUUGAGGUCCAGAGCGCCGUGCGCCUGGUGCUCAGCUGGGCUCUAGCGGAGACCUGUCUCUCGGCAACGGUCAAAGCUAUCUCCCUCUUUAGCAUGAGCUCCGGGGAGACCCUGCGUAAAGGUAAAUCAGCCCGCUGCGACCUCACCUUACACGUUGGACGAUUUUUUCGCUGGAUGGUGGACACUCGGGUGUCGGUGCGAAUUCACGAACACGCAGCAAUUUGUCUCACCGCUUGCAUUGAGAGUUUGCUAGAGGAGAUAGGUUUCCGUGUCUUGCUUUGGCAUAGACAGACUACACACAGCAGUUUCGGUGGCCGCGCACUUGUUGGAGUGGAUGCGGUGGAAGCAGUUGUCAACAACGAUGCUGAACUUUACGGUGUCAUGCUUCAGUACGAACAUCUGAUUUGCGGAAAAAACGCUAACGGUGAGCUGUCCCUGCCCGCGCGGUUCAGCCGCUACUCUGAGGUGGAGGCUGGGGUGGAGCGGCGGGAGGACGCCUAUGCCCAGCUGGAGCUGCGCACCCUGGAGCAGGCACUCCUGGCCACCUGCGUGGGCAGCAUCUCCGAGCUCAGUGAUCUGGUGUCCAGAGCCAUGCACCACAUGCAGGUCCAGUGUUCUGCUGGCCUAGGUUUCAGCCCUCUCAAAAAUGGCCGCCGCCAGCUGGUCUCCUGGUCACCUGAUGCACUGCAUACACUCUAUUACUUCCUGCGCAGCCUACAGAUGGAAUCUCUAGAAAACCCCAACCUGGAGCCACCCAGAAUGGCCCUCAAUCGAGAAAGGCAGUAUGUGCUGCUGCCUCCACUGGGCGAGUGGAUGCGUGUGUCUCUGGCCCACGCUGAGCAUCGGCGGAGUCUGCUGCUCGACAGCGAUGACGUCAGACAGGCCGCCCGACUACUGCUACCAGGACUCGACUGUGAACCCAGACAACUGAGGCCAGAGUGCUGCAUCAGCUCCUUCAAGCGUUUAGACUCCAGAGCGGCCACUGACAAGUUCAACCUGGACCUGGGCUUCAGGAUGCUCAACUGUGGACGCAGCGAUCUGAUUGGACAGGCCAUUCAGCUGCUGGGACCAGAGGGGGUGAAUACUAAGGACGACCAGGGCAUGACUCCUCUGAUGUAUGCGUGCGUGGCUGGGGAUGAGGCCCUGGUGCAGAUGCUUGUUGAUGCUGAGGCCAGCCUGGAGGUGUCGGUUCCAGCCUGCUCCUCCUCUCACCCCUCUGUUCAUCCCGACACGCGUGAUUGGGUGGCCCUGACAUUUGCUGUUCUGCAUGGGCACUUGUCUGUAGUUCAGCUGCUCUUGGAUGUGGGAGCAGAUGUGGAGGGCUCUGCCAUUAAGGGUGGGCAUCAGGGCUGGGCACCCUCUCCCCUUCAGCUGGCAUCUGCUGCAGGUAAUUAUGAGAUGGUGAGUCUGCUCUUGGAUCGAGGGUCGGAUCCUCUGCUCCAGAUGCAUGGUGGGGAUGCUCUGACAUCAUCACUGUAUGAGGACAUGAACUGCUUCAGUCAUGCUGCUGCUCAUGGACACAGGAACGUGCUGCGUAAACUGCUCUCACACCAUGAGGGCCGGCAGGAGGAGGUGCUCUCCCUGGAGGAGAUCCUGGCCGAGGGCUUGCAGGAGUCUGGGCCCCAGGCAAGGACCUCCAGGCAGCAGGGGGCGCCACGGCUCUGCAAGGCCAGGAUGAGAGCCAUGCAGCAGGCCUGCCUCCACAGCGCAGAGCACGGCUAUCUGGAUGUCACUAUGGAGCUCCGCACACUGGGUGUGCCUUGGAGGCUGCACGUGUGGUUGCAGUCCCUCCAGAGUGCCCACCAGCAGUCCAGGACUGAUGUGCUACUCUCCCUCCUGUCAGAGUUCAACUCCAUCGGGCGUGACGAGUACUCCCAGGCCCUGGUCUCUGAAGGCCUUCCCCUCAUGUUUAACAUCUUCAAAACUACCCAGAAUGAUGACCUCAUCAGACAGCUGGCAGCCAUCUUUAGCCACUGUUUCGGCUCUGCUCCUCCUCCUCCCAUUCUAGCCGCGCGUGACAUACCCUCCGCACAACUGGAUGCUCACUUCCUGAAUAACAGGGAAAUGUCUGACGUGACAUUUGUGGUUGAGGGACGACCAUUCUACGCCCACAGAGUUCUGCUCAUGUCCGUCUCAGAGAGGUUUAGAGCAUUGCUUGGGCCGUUGCCCUCUAGUGGACUGCUAGAGCAUAUACCCAUCCCUAUUACCAACAUCACUUACACCACCUUCCAGAGAAUGAUGAGCUACUUGUACUGUGGUGGAAGUGAGUGUCUCAGGGCUCCUCUGCCAGACCUGCUGGAGCUCGUGGCAGUGGCUGACUCUUUCCAGGUGGGGGCGCUGAAGAGGCAGUGUGAGAUUCUGUGCUCCGACAGAAUCCAGCUGGAAAAUGCUGUUCGCCUCUACCUCAAAGCCAGGCUGUGUGGAGCUACGAAGCUGGCUGUGUUCUGUGAAAGCUACUUUCUCCAGUGGAUGCCAGUCUUCCUUGAGAUGGAGGACUUCCAGAGCCUCCUUCACCCCACCUCAGGGUUAACCGCAGCGGGCUCACAGCUGGACUACCCACCCCUGGAGGGCCUGCAGACCACGCUGACCCACCGGUUACAGUCCCUCUGUGUGCCCAGCCAGGGCUGAGGAUGAGGAGGGACGAGGAGCUCAUCCCCUCAGUGGAAUCAAUAAGCUGAGACUGAAUGGAGACAGAGACAACGGGGGGAGAUGAAGAGGUGUAGACCGACACUAGAAAUAAUAGCUACUAGAGGCUUAAAGUAGCGAUACCCUCCCUGUAUAACCACAGGCCUUCAAAAUGGUAGUAGAAAUGGAGUAGAAUGGAGUAGAAAUCAUCCCAAAAAUUAGCUAAUGGAUGAGAAGGCCCUGUGAAGGACAGCUAUCCCUCUCACCGUCCGUUCUAACUCCAGGCUAGCAAGGAAUCCAGUAAGCUUUGGGACCAUUCACCGGCCCACAGACAGUUAAGAAGAACCUUGACGAUAGGGUAUGCUAAUGGUGCCCUCUAGUGGUCAGAUAUUUUCCACACAGAGGCAGGCGCAAUGAUACAGACACAUCAAAAAUGUGGGUAUCUCUCACUCACUAGUGUGUAGGAGGACCUCAAGAAGCAAACCAAUGGGAGAAAAAGAGGUUUAAUUCAGUGCUGGAGGCCGUUGUGCUAUGUAAUAUAAUCCACUGAGUAAAUGUAUAGAUGUCACUUAUUUAAUACUUACUGCAUUAAGUAAACAAUGUGAAUUUUUUUAAGAUGUUAACUUGCAUUAUAUUGGUUUGAUGUCUGUUUGAUUUUUUGUUUAGUUUUCUCUUCUUAUUGACUUUGGCUCAUAACACUCACACUGCAUCUGAAUGUGUAUAUUAAUAAAUCUCAUAUGAAGAA